AUGAAAACGACUACCGUCCUCUUGUACGGCGUAGCCGGAGCUGCCGCUAUAACCACUCUUUUGAGUAUAGUUACUGUAGGAUAUCUUGUCAACGACAUUAAUGACUUCUAUGCUGAAGCUAUGAGAGAAUUUGCCGAUUUCAAGGACAUCGCGAAUUCGGCUUGGUACGAAAUGCAACCUACCCCAGCGGAAAGUCGUUAUCAGCUACAAUCACUCCUUCGCCAACGUCGAAUGAUGCCGGAUUAUUGUGACUGCGCGCCACGAGCAGAAAACUGUCCUAUCGGCCCUCCCGGACCUCCCGGAGAACCAGGCCUUCCGGGCUUAAUGGGGAUGCCUGGUGCUAACGGACGAAGAGGCUACGAUGGCAUGUCGAUUUAUGGACCAGGAGGAGGAGCAGGAGGUUGCAUUAAAUGUCCUAUGGGUCCUCCAGGAGCACCCGGUCCUGAUGGGCCUCCUGGGCCAAGAGGGCUGAACGGGAUGCCUGGUAGUGACGCCUCGGCUCCGAGGAUUGGUCUUCCCGGACCUCCAGGACCACCAGGAGAAGGCGGUCCGCCCGGAGCACCGGGGGAAACCGGUGCACCGGGAAUGCCUGGCCUCGGUGGAACUAUUAGAAAGGUCCUUCCAGGGCUUCCUGGGCCACCAGGACCACCAGGAAUACCGGGACCUGUAGGAAAAGCUGGAGAAAUGGGGCAGGCUGGUAUGCCUGGGCCACCUGGUCCACCUGGACAAGCUGGAUCACCUGGGAUGCCAGGUAUGGACGGAACACCAGGUGAACAAGGAACCAUGGGUGAGCCCGGUUUUGAUGCUGGAUAUUGUCCUUGCCCGGCUAGAAGUAGUGCAUUGUCAAAGUACUCGAGACCGGGUGGAGUGGAGAUGAAUUCGGUAGUAGAUCGCAUAGUAGUUCGAUCGCUAAAGGAUGACCCUACUGCAGACCUAAAACCAACAAAAAGGAAUAAGUAUACUGCUAGGGAGGCACCUUUACGGAAGUUUAGCGGAAGGGUAUCGAGAGCUUAG